AUGUCUAGCCAGAAGCAGAUUGACCCAAAGAAGCAGCAGGAGCUUCAGCUUCAGUACACGAACUUCAAGAACACCCUCGGGCAAUUAGCACAAAAGAUUGGUGAUAUUGAGCAGGAAGCAGAGGAGCACAAGCUUGUGAUUGAAACAUUGGAUCCUCUCGAUGCGGACCGCAAAUGCUUCCGCAUGGUGAACGGCGUGCUCGUUGAGCGUACCGUCAAGGACGUCCUUCCCACCCUCAAGACCAACUCAGACGGGCUGAAGCAAGUGAUCGAGGACAUGCUCAAGCAAUACAAGUCAAAGCAGAAUGAAUUGGAUAACUGGAAGAAGAAGAACAAUAUCCAGGUUGUGCAGCCCUAA